CCUGCACAUUGCUUUGAAUUUUUGAAUGUGUUCGUUUUGCUUAUUGUUUUUCAAGUAUUUCACUAUUGUGUUUAUUAAAGUUAGCUGGUAGGUUUAUCUGUUUACAUAAGUAACCUUGCAGUUCUCAGCCGCAUCGUUACAAUUUACUAAGUUCAGUUGAAUAUUUCUGCGAUCCGGAGACACAGGUGCAUUUCUGUUGUACACAGAGACCCAAAAUAAAAUGGAGCAGUGGAACAAUGUGGAGCUGACGAAUAUGUCCAAAAAGUCGUAUACCCUGAAUCAUGCAUACGAUGCAGCCGAGAAAUUGAACAAGGAAAACAACGCGACACCCUCGAACGGAAAUGGAACCAUUGCGGAUGACCAGGCUGUGGAUGGCGAUCUACUCAAGCCCGGAUCGGAUGUGCGUCCAAAAGUUGAGCCCGAUGAUGUGGAGAGCCUGCUGCGACGUCUCUACGGGAUCACGAUAAGCGAGGUUAAGGAAAUAAUAGCCUACGACGAUCGCAAUUUUUUUGUCAAAGAGGAUAGCAAUGUUAAGAACCCCCUUAUUGUAACCCAUUGUCCUAACGGCUACGUCCUAAAAAUCCUGAACUCACUGGACUCCAAAAAGGAGGACUUUGUGGACGGCCAGAAUCAACUUCUGCUUUAUUUGGGAAAACACAGCGUUAAGUGCCCCAGGCCGAUAGCCAAUGCCACUGGGAAAUAUUACUCGGUUGAGCGGCUCAAUGGGAAUUCAAAUGUGGUGCGCCUUCUGGAAUAUAUACCCGGUGAAAUCUUCCACCAAGUGCCUGUGACCAAGCAUCUGCUCUACCGCAGCGGGGAAUACUUGGCCAAGUUGGAUCGAGCCCUGAAGAAUUUCACCCACACGGCUUACGAAACCCACAAGACCCUGUGGAUGCUGCAAAGUGUUCCGGAACUGAGGCAAUUUCUGUAUGUGGUUAAGGAUCAAGAGCGACGCCUUAUCUGCGAGGAGGUGAUCGAUGCUUUCGAGGCGAAGGUUCUAAGUCUAUUACCAACUUUGGAGCACCAGAUCAUCCACGGUGACUUCAACGAACAAAACAUUGUGGUGGAGCAAGCCCCCAAUCAAACCGAAUACACCAUCAAAGGAGUGAUUGAUUUUGGGGAUACGAGCAAAUCGCCGCUAAUCUUUGAAAUUGGAGUCGCCCUCACUUAUAUGAUCCUGCAGGCCAACGAUUUGGCCAAUGGAGGCAUCUUUUUGGCCGGUUACACCAGUGGAAUUCCCAUUGACAACUCCGAACUGGCUCACCUUAAAUAUUGUGUGGCUGCCCGAUUGGUUCAGAGCCUGGUGAUGGGGCUCUACACCCACACACUGCAUCCAACGAAUGAUUAUCUACUGGUGACCCAAGAACAGGGAUGGAAACUCCUUCAGAAGCUUUGGCGCGAAAGCAUGGAGGAUGUGGAUGAGCUGUGGGCAACCAUAGGACAUCAGUACUUGACGCAGAGCGAUAAAUAAUGUAGAAUCUAGCUGGUCUUCUCCGGUUUUUAAAGAUAUUUUAACUGUUUUUACCUACACUUUUCUGGUUUUCAAAUACUUUUUAUAUGAGGGUUUUCCCAUUAGUAUUAUUGAAUGUCAGAAGCAUUAUACAUUUCGAUAAAAUAUUAUUAAGCUCUGUUAAAGUAAAUUUAAGAGGAAUUAAAUGUGCAAUAAUAGUUUAACCAUUUACAUAAAUGGCUAAAACGUAAAUAUUAUGUACAAAAAAGGCAACUUUGAAAACCAGUUCCAUAUCGAAACCAAAUACUUGUGAAAACCGAACAAGGCCUGCUAAAUUGCGAUUCCAAAAACCAACUGUCAAUUAUCAGAAUUUCAUUAACAUAUCACCUGUGCAAAAUAAGUAGCGAGUUCAAGUAUUGAUUGCAUUUUGUUGCUUUACAAUUUACUUUAUCCGAUAUAUUAUUAUCAUUAUCUUUACAAUAAAACUUGUUAAACAAAUACAAAUACAUUGUAUGUAGUACAUUUUUCUUAGAGUAA